AUGUUGAGAUAUUUUUUCUGGCCACUGGUAUUUCUUCUGCUCUCUCUUUUGCUGGGUUCUUUCCGGUUAGGCGUCGCACCGUCGUUUCCUGCGACAUAUGUCAAGAGUGGAGUAAACAGCUCUUUCAGACGGGCUGGGUUUCCUGGUUCUGAUCCAAAUGGACACCCUGAUACCACCGCGGUGAUUCUGAACUGGUCUCGGUUUCCCAACGUCAUCAAAAUAGUUUCUCUACUCUGUGGUCCUUCCCUUGAGAAUACCAUCCAUACUGUCUUUGUGUGGAACAACAGUCCUAAUCAAAUCUUUGAAGCUGAUUUCGCUCCAUGUAUAGGGAGUAGGCUAAAGGUGUACAACUCACCUACUAAUCUGUACUUCCAAGCCAGAUUCGUGGCAUGUGCUCGAGCGUCCACGGCUUUUUGUUUCGUUCAGGAUGAUGACUACAUAGUAUUACCUGAAGUCAUCCUUGCGAUGCGCGCACGUAUGUCUCCGUCAUCUAAGACAGGCAUACAUUUGCUGCCUCCACACGAACUACUAUCAAGUCAACUGCGAAGACUUGACGUCGGAUCAAGCGUCCAUACAUCCUUCGCCUGGCUCGGCCACGGAGCAAUGCUUCCUCGAUCCCUUGCCGUAGAUUUUCUAUCUCUUUUGAGACUUCUUCAGUUUACAGAAGAUGAAAUGAAGAUGGCUGACAAUUACUUUACGAUUUUACGCAAUGAAUAUCCGGAAGUCUGGUUUGAUCAGGGCAUUGAACUCCAGGGCGGCAAGCCGUUUACAGUAGGCACCGAAGGGAACGAACGAAAUCGAAAACAUAUCAACAGGGCUACGGAGCUUCUUUCCUCGGUUAUUGCCUGCGAGGAGACUCCCUGUCUACCCGGUGCUGGGGAUAUUCCGUAUAUUCAAUACAGUACGCCGGAUUUGCCAAGGACACCUGUCUCUCGCACGCCUUGCAGGGGACUGUCUUGUGUUCUAGAAACUUCAAUCAGACUUCUUCCUGGGACUGUCGAUGCACCCGCUUUGGGCAUCUUUACUCGAGAAGACAACGGUGUUCUCUCGGAAGAAAAUACUCACAACCAUUUGUUUUAUCCUCUAUCCCAUGCCGUUGAUGGUCGAGCAGAUACUGCAUUCCGCAGCUUAACAGGUGGAAAGAAGGGGGAUGCAAUAUCUUUAGAUAUGCUGCGAAACCUGGAUAGUUCCUGGGCAGAAAUUCACAUGGUAAUUUUGACGGAUAAUGCUACGGUGGCGAUUCUUCAUAAGUCGCAAUUUGAAAUGUUCUCCCCUUUCACUAAGUCAUGGGUGUCUAUUGUUCAUGAUAUCUCCUGCGUCGACAUAGCGGGCGGAUCAUAUGCACCACCAGCUAUGACUGAGUGCAGUAUUCUUAUGGCAUCACCGGAAAUUGGUGACCAGAAACAUGUAGACGAUAUCAAUGAGCGUUCUUUCAGAGUCGUACUUUCAGAGGAUAUGGUUGAUUCAGAAAAGUGGUGUAUAUACGAGAUAUGGAUGCGUGGUAUUCCCAAGUAGAACACGCUAAUUACUCAGAGCGUGAAAAGUGC